AUCUCUGAUAGAAUAUAUUCCUUGUCUUCCCCAGAGUCAUUUGCCUUGGAUCCACAGUUUGAAUCCAGGACUAGAAAAAAUAAGUGCAAUUGUAUGGGAGGGUAAUGACUGCAAGAAAGCAGAUAUGUCUGUGCUUGAAAUCAGUGGUAUGAUAAUGAACAGAGUGAACAGCUAUAUACCAGGAAUUGGUUAUCAGAUUUUUGGAAAUGUCAUAUCUUUAAUCUUGGGUUUAAUGCCAUUUGUCUUUCGACUUUCCCAAGCUAAAGAUUUGGAACAACUUGCUACACAUUCUGCCACUGAACUUUGUAUAACUGCAUUUGGAUCAAAUGGAGACAUUUGGGUUCUCUCAAUGGUUAUUAUAAGUUUUCUAGUCCGUGUGUCUCUAGUGUGGAUUUUCUUUUUUCUGCUAUGUGUAGCAGAGAGGACAUAUAAACAGAGGCUACUUUUUGCCAAACUUUUUGGUCAUCUAACAUCUGCUAGAAGGGCAAGAAAAUCAGAGGUUCCUCACUUCCGCUUGAAGAAAGUACAGAAUAUAAAAAUGUGGCUUUCUCUCAGGUCCUAUCUGAAGCGUCGAGGUCCUCAGCGCUCAGUUGAUGUAAUAGUUUCAUCUGCCUUCCUACUGACUAUCUCAGUUGUCUUUAUCUGUUGUGCACAGCUGCUUCACAUGCAUGAGAUCUUCCUUGAUUGUCACUACAAUUGGGAACUUGUAAUUUGGUGCAUUUCACUAACUCUUUUUCUCUUAAGAUUUGUUACUCUUGGAUCUGAAACCAGUAAAAAGUACAGCAAUACCUCAAUAUUACUUACUGAGCAGAUAAACUUGUACUUGAAAAUGGAGAAAAAGCCUAAUAAGAAGGAGGAACUGACACUAGUGAACAAUGUUUUAAAACUUGCUACUAAGUUACUGAAGGAACUGGACAGUCCCUUUAGGUUAUAUGGGCUUACAAUGAAUCCACUGCUUUAUAAUAUCACCCAAGUUGUCAUCCUGUCAGCUGUUUCUGGUGUCAUCAGUGACUUGCUUGGAUUUAAUCUAAAGCUCUGGAAGAUCAAAUCUUGACAAUAUAUAAAGAAGAGAUAACACAGUGUUACAGAAAAGCUCAUUGAUUGACAAAACUGCCUCAAAGCAGCCACUGAAUCUGUAUUUCAGAUGCUACAACCUCUUCAAGGAUGUCAUUUGGAAAAUUGAAGUGUUUACAUCUGACUGUCUUGUGCAAUCUUUGUAUUUAUUUCAUCUUCUCACUGUUUUAUGUUCAUUUCAGUUGACAUUUAUAUUUUAUUUUCAAACUUAUUUGUUUAGUUUUGGAAAGGAUCAGAUUUGAAAGGGUCAAAAACUGUGCGUCUGAGAACUUGAAGUCCUGGAAACCGAUUACAGUAAAUUACUGUAUCUGUUGUUAAAGCUGAAGCCAAUGCUGAAGACUUUUAGUUACAGUAAGGCCAUAUGGAAGUAAUUUGAUUUUUGACAGUGCAGUAAAGUUGCUUAGAAUAUUUCAUUUGCAGCAAUCAUUUAUGAGGACAACAUAACAUCAAUAGAUGUUUGGUUGCAACAGAAAAGUGAGACAUAUACAAAGAAUAAAGUACUGACAAUACAGUAUGACAGGUAGCAGAAAUAUUUUAUAUUACUAUUAGAAGCAAGUGGGAAUUUUGGAUAUUUUGAGUAAUUCCAGGAUCUAAACUCAUAUAGGCUGCAGUUUAAAUAUCCUGGAAUAUUAAUAAGGUAUUAUAUAACAAGUCAACAAGUGCUCUUUGAUAACACUUUUAUUAGAGCAAUAAUUGUAAAUGGUUACCAUGCUGUAUGAUAUUUUGAUAGAUUUAAAUAUUGUAUUUAUUUGAAAUACUGGGCUGUUCUGCGCAGCUCUGACUGUGCAUGCUCAAUAUGUGCACUUUUUAUUGUUACUUUUAAUGAGAAACUUUAUACAUAUAAAUGUAUAUUAAUUGGAAUAUAUUAUGGUGAACUAUGGAGCAGGAUAUAUUAUAUGUUGAAGUUCAAUAUUUAAACAAGCGAAAGAUUUACUGGUGAAAGGAAUGCUAUGAAUGACUGAGCAUUAGAUAGAUAGAUGCUCUCCUCUUGUACACUAUAGUAUAUGCCAUUCAUACCACACUGAAGUUUAAGAACAGUUAAACACAGAAAGUAAGUUCCUCUGGUGAGCAGCAGAGCUCUGAAGCCUGGUAUUCAGCAGAUUUGUGUCUUCAAAUAGCUUCCUUUCCUCCCAUUCCUUCCCAGCAGGUCUCAUUCCACUGCGCUUUCCCAGCUGGGGUUUGCCAGCCUUGGGUUUCCCACCUCUCCCUCUGCCUCCUACCCGGACCAGUCAUACUGACUCGUGGUUCUUCAGUGUGACAAAAAUAGAUGUUCGCCCAUGUAGAAUUAAGUCACUUGGAACAAACUUUCCACCUACAAAUUAUUUUGGGAGAAUUAAUAUCACCAGGCGCAAGUAUUCUUACAUUUUAUGUUUCUAAAAUAGUGGCUUCGUACAGAAAAACAACAAGUAAUUAGGUGACAAGAGUCUGGACAUUGCACUAUGUUCGCUAAUCUUCAGAAUCUUGAAAGAUUUGAAGUAAUGUAUCUUAAACUUAUGUGGUAUAAAAAUAUUUUUAUAUAUAAAGCAACACAAACAAGCAUUUUGUAUUUUAUUUGCCUCUAUACUAAUGUUUAAUAAUAACCAAAGUGCAUUCUGGUUUUUGAAAGAAUGUGUUACUGGAGCUUUAAGAACAGACUAUAUUUAGUUUCUCAUGUCAAAACUUCAGCUGCAUCUGAUCUGUUUCUCCUUUCUCUGUUGUUUGAUGUUAGGAUUGUUUUUAAAAAUUAAGUACAUUUUAUACACAAUUUUUUCCAAAUUAUGGUACAGACCUACACAGAACUUAAUUUUGCAAAAAAUAUAUUUAAAAAAAAAGUACAGCAGGAGUUUAUGGGUGAUAAAAGGUAAGGCUAUUGCUUUUUACAGCCUGUCACUAUUACAAAACCGUUCUUUACUCUAGAAUGGAAUUAUUUUUAGAAAUGUAAAAUGCUGAAUAUACCGCUUUCUCUACCUUUAAAAAAAAAAAGGGAUGGAGGGAAAACAUUGCGGUUUCGGUUGAAGGUGAAAUUAGUUUAACCAUGUAUACCUCAGCAACUAGCACUGUGCUGGAUUGUUGCACUAACGAAUGGCGGCUUGGGGAGAAUAAAAGAUUUGUGAAAUAAAAUUAAAAAUAAUAAAAACCUUUAUUUGCUAC